AUGUCUCUUACGAACGUCAAUGAGAUUAUCCUCGUGCUUUCAGGCAAGGGAGGCGUUGGAAAAUCAAGUGUGACUACACAGCUUGCUCUUACUCUAUCACUCAAAGGACACUCGGUUGGCAUACUGGACAUUGAUUUGACCGGACCUUCUAUGCCUAGAUUUCUUGGUAUUGAGUCCUCGAAGGUCAAGCAAGCACCGGGUGGCUGGCUUCCUGUGCCUGUGCAUGAAACCAAAGACACGACUCCGGGCACGUCAGACAACGGCAAGCCCAUUGGACCUCUCCACUGCAUGUCACUGGGAUUUCUUCUCGGCAAUCGAAAUGAUGCAGUGGUCUGGCGUGGACCAAAGAAGACAGCCAUGGUCCGCCAAUUUCUUUCAGACGUUCACUGGGGCAAACUGGACUAUCUCCUGAUUGAUACACCUCCCGGUACCUCGGACGAACAUAUCUCGCUUGUUGAGACCCUCAUGAAGAACGCUGCUCCUGGUCAGGUUUCUGGAGCUGUAGUUGUGACUACUCCACAAGCAAUCAGUGUCUCGGAUGUGAGGAAGGAGAUCAACUUCUGCAAGAAGACUGGUACAGAAAUCCUGGGUGUCGUAGAGAAUAUGGCUGGCUUCGUAUGCCCUAACUGUGCGGAAUGUACCAACGUCUUCUCGAAGGGCGGUGGACAAGUCAUGGCCAAAGAUUUCAAUGUUCCUUUCCUUGGCAGUGUACCUAUCGAUCCGGCCUUCAUCGCUCUUAUCGAAGAGGGGAAACGGCCAACUUAUCCCGAAGGCACCGUUGUAGCUGGUCAGGAAAUGUCUGAACAGACAGCUCUGUCUGAGAACGACACUGGAUCUUUGGUUGAGAAAUACCAGAGUUGCUCUCUUUUCACAAUCUUUGAUGGUAUUGUUGGUCAACUACUUGCCAACACUCGACCCUGA